GUAUUUUUUAAAUGUUACAUGCAAGGUCAUAACAAUACGUAUUUUAAUUAUAUUCAUUUCUUUAGCAUAAGCAAUUUAGUCCCAUUACAAAUUUUGUAAUUAUGGAACAGUGAUUGGGAGAUCAAGUGCCCAUCGAAGAGCUCAUGGGCACUAUAAUGAAUGAUGAUGUGUGCAGAAUUUGGAAAUUUGGAAAUUUAAAAAUUUCUGAUAUGAAAUAACGAAGUAUAGAAUGUGAUACUUAUUCCAUCUAUCGAUGACGUUGAGCACUAUGUAUCGUGUCUCCGCUAUCGCUCUUUUUCACAUAAUAAUAUAACCUCAUUCUAAACUUACAUCGCGUGCGACAACUUGAUAAAUAAAGUUUUCCAUAAACACUGAUCGAAAACAUUAAUAUUAAUAUAGUGUUAUUUAUCUUUCUUUUGUAAAUAAAUAUAAUUUCUCAAGUCAUUCUUCGCACAUGGUUAUAUUAGUAAUUUAAGUUGUCAGUGUAAUGAAAUUUGAGUGUCAAAAAUGAGUGAUUCUGAGAAAGAUGAUGAACCUAAAGUGACAGGACCUGUGGACAAUGCUUGGUCGUUAAAAAUCCCAGCUUUUAAACCAGAGGAUAACCCCAAUCGUCUCCUGGAAGAAAGUUCUUUUGCAACACUUUUUCCAAAGUAUAGGGAACAAUACUUGAAAGAACAUUGGCCAUUAGUUCAAAAAGCUUUAGCCGAACAUGCUGUUAAAGCAGAAUUGGACCUGGUUGAAGGGAGUAUGACAGUUAAAACAACAAGGAAAACAUGGGAUCCUUACAUUAUUAUCAAAGCACGUGAUAUGAUUAAACUUAUGUCACGUUCUGUUCCAUUUGAACAAGCUGUUAGAGUACUACAAGAUGAUAUUGGUUCAGAUAUCAUAAAAAUAUCUUCUUUUGUCAGAAACAGGGAAAAGUUUGUUAAGAGACGGCAGAGGCUUAUUGGUCCUAAUGGUUGUACUUUAAAAUCCAUUGAAUUAUUAACAAAUUGUUAUGUACUUGUACAAGGACAAACAGUUGCCGCAUUGGGUCCUUACAAAGGCCUGCAACAAGUUAGACGCAUUGUGGAAGAUACUAUGAAGAAUAUUCAUCCAAUUUAUAACAUUAAAGCAUUAAUGAUUAAGAGAGAGCUAGCUAAAGAUCCAAAAUUAAAGAAUGAAAAUUGGGAAAGGUUUCUUCCAAGGUUCAGUAGUAAGAACAUUAGUAAGAGGAAACAGCCUAAAAAGAAGAAGGAGAAGAAACCAUAUACUCCAUUCCCACCACCACAGACAGAGAGUAAAAUAGAUAAGAUGAUAGCAUCUGGUGAAUACUUCUUGAAGGAGGAACAGAAGAGAGCCAAGUUGAAGAAGGAACAAGAAGCUAGACACCAAGAAGCAGAAAAGAAGAGACAAGAGCGUAGAGCACAAGCGUUUAUACCUCCUGAAGAGAAGCCUAAAGUAAGGAAAGAGCAGAAAACGGAUAUAAACUUGGAGGAGUUCAAGAAAAAAGUGAAGAAGGGGUUGAAGAAACGUAGUACAUAACAGGACUUAGUUUUAAGAAUAAAAUAAGAUAUAUGUUGAUAAAUUAUCACUUGAGUAAAUAAAUACAAGUUUCUGGAAUAA